AUGACGCUUCUGUCGGCGUGUGUAUUAUUUGUUGGUGUGUUUUUUACUCCUUUUUGUGCGAGGGCAGCUGCUAUUUCAACGAUGUCAUGCCCCACAGACUGCGAUAACGCCGCUUCAUGGUGUUACGAAGUUUUUUAUCGUGGCGGCAUUGUUUCUUCCGGUGAAUGUGGGGAGUAUUCCUUUGAAUGUACGUGCAACAAUGCCUCUGCAAUCGUUGUGAAGAGGAGCAAAGGCGUAUGCGCGUGGGAGGGUUCCUUUGAUACCGGAGAGCCCGAGGGUAAUUAUUGUUUUAAAUACACGGCAUUAUGUCCAACGAACUGCAGCAACAUUGGUUUAUGGGCUAGUCAAUGCGCAAAUGACGUUGUUUGCGAGGAGAGUAAAAAUGAAUAUCACUUCAAUUGCACCACUUGUGAGGGGCGUGCCUAUUCUAUCGUGGGUAACGGUACUUCAUGCAAGAAGCAGUUCAGCAGCAAAAACCACAACUGCGAUCCGCUAAUCACAUGCAACGGCCACGGCUGCUGUCGCAAACCAGACGAUCCACUGAAUGAGUCGCCUUGCAUCUGCUUCAAAGACUCCCAACGGGGGUAUUGGGCCCCACCAACGUGUGCCACCUGCGAUGAUGACUACGAUCCUAGCAGAGGCAACUGCACCAGACCACGUCCGGGUAUUCAGAAGAUCCUCUCUUCGAUUGGCACCACGUGGACCAUGGUGCUUCCUAACUUGGCGAUACUUUUUUUGUUUGUUGUAUUUGGAGUGACUCGUGCUGAGUUUGAGUCCGACCGCCGUUUUCAGUCAGCUGCGCUGCGAAAAACAGGGCUCUCGGCUGUGCAGGUGGCCCGAAGACAGCAGCGGGGGCUGUUUCGCUCAAAGUACAUCCCUAAGCGACCGGCGCAGAGCCGUUGCUUUUUGAAUGAAGGGGAAACGCAGACACAACGUCGUGGUGCACCUGCGUACUGA